UGGCUCCUAUCUAAUGAUAAUGGUGGACCCCCCUGCAAAUACACCAACCAAACCAAUCAAAAUCUCCCAAAAUACAAAAAUUUCCGCGCUUAGCAUGUGCCCAUGGGCACACACUAGCCAAACCGUUGAUAAAAUACUUUUUUAAAAUUAAUCUGAAAUUCAAACCUUACCGAGUCCUCGCUUAUGACUAAGUUAAUAUAAUACUGUUUCUGUCAAGUUUAAGAGGGUAACGGCCAAAUAAGCAAGACCAUUGUUUCUACUGACGAGAGAUUUAGCUAUAGAAAGAGCGUACUCAAUCUUUGUCCAAAAGAUCACUCUGUCGCUGCGAACCAGAUAUCGCAGAAUCUUGUAUGCGCACCACCUGUUUGUAAAAGAACCGCACUCAAAGUCUUGUAACUCCCGGAUACAAUUGUGCUCAUAUAUUUUUCUCUGCAAUGUUUCAUUAUCUGGUUACUAAGCCAACUUAUCGUUGUGUUUCGGGAAGUCUUGCAUUUGGUCUAUUAGGAUCAUGGUCUCGAUUUUUCGGUACUAACCUCUCGCAGAAUCAAUUCUCGAGUCAUUCUCACAGGAAUGUUGCAGCUGUUGAAUUCAGAACUCAUUUGCAGCAUUUUAGUUCUGCGAGUGUGCGAAUUAUUUCUUGCACAAAAUCUAAUGUUGUUUUCAAGUUGUUGUUUCCAUUAGCUUCAGUUAAAGCGAAAUUUUAUACUUCUGAAACUGGACAGAUGGAAUCAAUGGUGUAUAGUUGUACAAGUGAUGCUGAUAAGGUGUAUGCAACAAUUGUUGAUAGCCCUAGUCCGAAUAUUAACAUGGAGGAAAAUCUUGAACUACUUGGCGUGAAUUUGACAACUCCGUUAGUGAUGAUGGUGCUCCAGAGGCUUCAUUAUGAGGAGAAGUUGGCGUUUAGAUUUUUUACGUGGGCAGGACAUCAGGAUAAUUAUGCUCAUGAGCCUCAGGUUUAUAAUGAGAUGAUUGACAUACUGUCUAGUACAAAAUAUAAGGUUAAACAAUUUCGAAUUGUCUGUGAUAUUCUGGAUUUUAUGAAGAGGAACAACAAAACUUCAGUGCCAGUUGAGGUGUUGCUGAAGAUUUUGAGACAGUACACGGAGAAGCAUCUGACCCAUCUUCAGAAAUUUGCUAAGAAAAAGAAGAUAAGAGUGAAGACGCAGCCAGAAAUAAAUGCUUUUAAUUUGCUCUUAGAUUCACUUUGCAAAUGUUGUCUUGUUGAAGAUGCCGAAGGCAUGUUUAGGAGGAUGCAAAGCAAGGUAAAGCCCGAUGCUAACACAUACAACAUUUUGUUCUUUGGGUGGUGUAGAGUAAGGAAUCCUACUAGAGGUAUGACCAUACUUGAUGAUAUGAUUAAGAAGGGUUUUACACCUGAUAAUUUCACUUAUAAUACUGCCAUAGACACCUUCUGCAGAGCGGGGAUGGUGACAGAAGCUGCUGCAUUGUUGGAAUUCAUGAGGACGAGAGGCACAACGAUGUCUUCUCCCACUGCAAAAACAUAUGCAAUUAUGAUUGUAGCAUUUGUCCAGAGCAAUAAAAUGGACGAAGCUUUUAAACUUCUAGGUGAUAUGAUAGGCAGUGGAACCCUCCCUGACGUAUCCACGUACAAAGAACUGAUUGAAGGCAUGUGUUUAGCUGGAAAGACCGAGGCAGCUUAUAAGUUCCUAGAUGAGAUGGGAAACAAGGGUUAUCCUCCCGACAUAGUGACUCACAACUGUUUUCUCAAAGUUCUUUGUGACAGCAAAAACCGGGAAGAAGCACUCAGGCUGUACAAGAAAAUGAAUGAGGUGGGAUGUAAGCCAAGUGUCCAAACCUUUAACAUGCUAAUUACAAUGUAUUUUGAGAUGGGUGAUCCUGAUGGAGCCUUUGAGUGCUGGCAUGAGAUGGAAAAGAAGGGUUAUAUAGCAGAUACGGAUUCUUACUGUGUGAUGAUUGAAGGCCUUUUUGGUUGUAAUAACACAGCUGAUGCUUGUUUCCUCUUGGAUGAAGUCGUAAACAGGGGAUUACAAUUGCCAUUCAGAAAGUUUGAUUCGUUUCUGAUGCAGCUUUCUUCUAUUGGUGAUUUACAGGCUAUCCAUAAAUUAUCUGAUCAUAUGAGGAAAUUCUACAACCCCGCGAUGGCAAGGCGUUUCUCGUUAAAUCAAAAACGGAAGAGCAUGAGCUUCAGAGGCAAAUAAGGAGCAUCCUUUUCUGUAUGGUAUAGGUGGGAUGGAAUGGAGUUUAAAUUUCAAAGCCUGUAAAAACUGGCAACUUCUGUUUGAUUAUUCCCUAGAAAGAAAGAGCAGCGUGUUCAUUUUUUCAAUAUAAAGAUGCGAGUCGAAAGUUACUUAUUACGGUAACUGGGGGUGUCAGGUGUGUGCUUGGGUAGGGCCAGCUUUCCCAUUUGUAGGUCAUAAUAUGAAAAGUUGAAAAUUCUAAUUUCUUUAGUGAUUUAUUUGUAUUUUUAAAAUUUGAUUUUAUUUUAUAAA